GUCUACAUCUCAGAGAUCUCCCACCCCGGGGUCAGAGGCAUGCUGGGCGCUUGUCCUCAGAUCAUGGCAGUGCUGGGUUCCCUCGUCCUGUAUGCACUGGGGCUGGUCCUGGACUGGCGCUGGCUGGCCGUGGCAGGGGAGGUGCCCGUGCUCACCAUGAUCAUCCUGCUCUGCUUCAUGCCCAACUCGCCCCGGUUCCUGCUCUCCCAGGGGAAGGAGGACGAGGCCCUGAGGUCGCUGUGCUGGCUGCGGGGCAAGGACACGGACUAUGGUCGGGAGUAUGAGCAGAUCAAGGACAGCGUCAGGAAGCAGAGCCAGCGGGUUUCCUGUGCUGAGAUCAAGGAUCCCUUCAUCUACAAGCCCAUCCUGAUCGCAGUGGGGAUGAGGUUCCUGCAGCAGCUCUCGGGUGUCACCUGUGUCCUCGUGUACCUGCAGUCAAUAUUCAAGAAAACAUCCGUCAUCCUGAAGCCCGAGUACGACGCGGCCCUGGUUGGCUUGGUGAGGCUCUUCUCGGUGGCCAUCGCUGCCGUGUCGAUGGACAAAGCUGGGAGGAAGAUUCUUCUCUUUGUAUCAGCUGGUAUCAUGUUGGCCUCCAACCUGACCAUGGGGCUCUAUGUCCACUUCAUGCCAGCUUCUCAGAAUGGCACCAUUGCCAACAAGACCCUGGUGAGCUCUGCCAACCUUCCUGCAGAGCCGACAAACUACAUCACCCUCAUCCCCCUCCUGGCAACCAUGUUCUUCAUAAUGGGUUAUGCCAUGGGCUGGGGCCCCAUCACUUGGCUGCUGAUGUCAGAGAUCCUCCCUCUGAAAGCUCGUGGGGUGGCCUCGGGCCUCUGCGUUGUCGUGAGCUGGCUGACAGCCUUCACCCUCACCCAGUUCUUCCUCCACGUCGUGGAAGCCUUCGGCCUCGAGGUGCCCUUCCUGUUCUUCGCUGUCAUCUGUGCUGGGAACGUCUUCUUCACAGGCUGCUGUGUUCCAGAAACCAAAGGCAGGUCCCUGGAACAGAUCGAAGCCUUCUUCAGGACUGGCCGGAGGUCGUUCAUGAGGUAG